GGUUCUGAAGAAAAGUCAGAGAAAAGUGACAAACUUCUCUAACUAAAAUCAAAACAAACGUCAAGAAAAUAGGGACUUGAUAUUUCAACAGAUGAGAUAAAAAUAUAGAUUUUCGUGAUUGAAGUGUUUGUGGGAUAGUAUGCAGCUGCACGUUCCAAUAAAUAUCUAGGUCUUCAUUGAAAAGACGAUGUAGAAUUAUUACCAGGACAUUUCGGGUCGGUGAAUUACCUUUCUAUUUUGGAUUGCAAACUUCCCAUCAUCGAUACUGAAUCAUCAAUAUCAAUAUGCUGACUCCAGGUUUAAGGAUAGUGAGGGGUCCCGAUUGGUCCUGGGGAAACCAGGAUGGUGGUGAAGGUUUUGUUGGUACUGUGUGUGAAAUUGGAAAACCUGGAGCAGCUGGGUCACCAGAUAAAACUGUAGUAGUCCAAUGGGACAAUGGUGCUCGUACCAACUACAGAGUGGGAUAUCUUGGAAAGUAUGAUUUGAGAAUUUUUGACAAUGCACAAAUAGGUGUGAAACAUCCUAAUAUAGUUUGUGAUGGAUGCAAAAGCCAAGGUAUCAGUGGAAUGAGAUAUAAAUGCUCUGUUUGUUAUGACUACGAUUUGUGUUACAUGUGUUACCACGGAGAUAAGCAUGAUUUGACCCAUCGUUUCAAGAGAUUUGAUGAUACAGCAUCAAUAGGGAUUGAUUUACCACUUCGCCAAAAUGGGAGAAAAUGCGAAUUACAAGGCAUUUUUGUUGGAGCCAAAGUAGUAAGAGGUUUCGAUUGGGAAUGGGGUAACCAAGAUGGCGGAGAAGGAAAAAUUGGCAAAGUUUUAGACAUUAGAGGAUGGGACAACGAAAGCAGCAGAUCCGUAGCAAAUGUAACAUGGUUCUCUGGUUCUACAAACGUUUAUAGGUUAGGACAGAAGGGUAAUUGUGACAUCAAAUUUGUUGAGCCAACCAGUGGAGGUUUUUAUUAUCCAGAACAUUUACCAGUAUUAGGCCAAAGUGUUGAACAUCCACUUGUACAACCUCAAAGAAUUGGUCCACCACCAUUCGGAGUUGGGGAUAAAGUACAGGUGAAUGUAUCAGUUGAACAGCUGAAGCAGAUGCAACAAGGUCAUGGAGGUUGGAAUCCUAGAAUGUCAGAGUAUAUUUCCAAAAUUGGUACAGUACACAGGGUGACAGACAAAGGGGAUAUAAGAGUGCAGUAUGAAGGGUGCAAUAAUAGAUGGACUUUCAAUCCAGCAACUUUAUCAAAAGUUAAUUUGUUUACAGCUGGUGAUAUUGUUAGUGUUAUUAACGAUAUGGAGAAAGUCAGACAGCUCCAGAAAGGUCAUGGUGAAUGGAUUGAUAUAAUGCAAAAUACUUUGGGGAAACUUGGAAAAGUACUUAAAGUAUAUUCUGAUGGAGAUCUUAGAGUUCAGUUGGAAGGACAUGCUUGGACUUUGAAUCCGCAGUGCGUGAGAAUCGUACCUGGCAGUGCUGCAGAACUAGCGAAUACGAUGCAUGCAUCGCAGAAUCAAAGGCAAGAACCAUCAAUGCAGUGGCACCCUGGUGGAGAUGGGGAUAAUCAAUCAAAUGGUACAGCCGAUCGUUUAGUCAGAGCAGCCGCCCAAGGAAACAUGGAAACAUGUAAAAGAUUGUUGGACGACCUUCCAAGAUCUAUGGUUGACAUUAGGAGUGGGGGAAAAACUGCUCUGCAAGUGGCGGCUCAUCAGGGACAUUUGGCUGUCGUAAAAAUGUUUUUGGCCGCCGGUGCUUCAGUUAAUUCCAGUGAUAAUGAUGGCGACACUUGUUUGCACUAUGCUGCUUUUGGAAACCAACCAGAGGUUUUAGAAUUACUCAUAAACGGUGGAUCCAACCUUAAUGCUUCCAAUAAAAGUGGCUGCACAGCUCUACACAUAGCAGCACACAAACAGCCAGCCAGGUGUGUUCAAAUACUUCUUUCUGCUGGAGCAGAUCCCAACUGCAGAGAUUUAUAUGGUGAUACUGCCCUUCAUGAUGCAAUAGGUAAAGAUAGUCUUCAGGUUAUUGACUUACUCUGUGCUGCUCCUGAUAUGGAUUUCACUUUAAAAAACAAACGUGGGUUCAAUGUCUUGCAUCAUGCUGCUCUCAAAGGAAAAACUUAUGCUACUACAAAAUUACUAACUCAAGCUAGGCAGUUGGUAGAUAUAAAAAAAGACGACGGUUUUUCUGCUCUUCACCUUGCUGCUCUGAAUGGCCACAAAGAAGUAGUUGAUACAUUAAUUAGAGUGGGCCAGGCAGAAAUAGAUCUAAGAAACAAUAGGAAUCAGUCUGCCCUCCUUUUAGCAGUUAGUCAGGGCCAUUGUGGGGUUGUGGAAUUGCUGAUAAAAUUGAAAGCUAAUAUUAAUGCCAAGGACGAAGAUGGGGAUACUGCUCUACAUCUUGUCUUAAUUAAAAAAGCACAUUUGAAUGCAGAAAUAAGGAGAGAGAAUUGUCCCGAAAUAUAUGCAAUAUAUGAGCAAAUCAGUCAUGUGACUGAGUUCAGGUUAGCUAUAGCCCUGGCCUGUUUCUUGAUUCAAAAGGGAAUAGAUUUAGAUAUGUUAAACAAUAAAGGUGAAUGUGCCUUACAUCUUCUUCAAGAAUCUAAUCUCCAAGAACUUCUCAAAAGCUAUAAGCCAAAUAUUGAUAAUAACCACUUGCAUAACUCACAAACUAGUCCAGAUAGUUUGGAUCUUGAAAAUUUGACUUUGAGGGAAUCCAGGCAUCCCACAGACGGUUAUAACUUGACUGAAAAUAGAAGUAGUCCAGUUAGGAUACUUCCGAAUGAAGACACCAAACAUAGAAGAAGCCGAAAAGAACAGAAAUCUGAGAAAACAAUUGAAGUUGGUAGUAGUAGUCAAGAAAAUUCGCCAAAUCAUAGAAACUGCCAAUUCCAGAAUGAAAUAUGCACUAGUAAACCUGUAGAAUGUUUGGUAUGCUCAGAGUACUCAGAAGAAAAUGUCAGAUUGGAGCCUUGCAAUCAUAAGCCUGCAUGUGAAGACUGUUCUUCAAGAAUGAAAAAGUGUCUUCAAUGUGGAAGUAUUGUUCAGAAACGUAUUACAAAGGAUGGCCGAAUAAUACCAGCAAAAAGCAGGCAGCCUAGUGCAGAACGUAUGAGAUACUUGGAAUCUAAGAUAGCGGAAAUAGAAGAGAGUCAUGCUUGUAGUAUAUGCAUGGAGAGAAAAAGAAACGUUGUGUUUCUGUGUGGACAUGGUACUUGUUCAAAAUGUGCGGACACCUUGAAAACGUGUCAUAUGUGUAGAAAGACUAUAACAAAGAAAAUUCCUAUUUAUUGAAGUAAGUAGUAUUUAACUGGAGCAUAUUAUUUCAGUCAACGAUAUAGGUAUUUGUUUUCAAUCUGAUAUUUGGGAACAGUUCCACUAGUUUGUUUUUGAAUGGAUACUUUCUUUAAUGUGGGAUGUUUUCAAUGCUUCCUAAACAACAUUGUUUUUGAUUCGGUCAAGACACACCUCGUUGUAAACAAGACUAUAUUUUUCUAUAUGACAUCCAUUGGAACAAGUAUCAAAAUUGCAUAAAAAAGGCAUGGCAAAAAUAUCGAACAUAAAGAUAAUUUUUGUGUAUUGAAGAAACGAGUUUUGUUUUUUUUUGUGAGAUAUUCCAAAAACUUCAAUCACUUCAAAACAUCGGGCCAACAAUUAUAAUGCGUUUCAGAAAUGGUAGGGAUUUGCAUACUGUAAUAUAUGAAUUUUGGUCAAUUCUUGACUCACGUGUACAACUUUUCAAUUAGAAUAUGAAAGAAUAGAAGCAUAUUACUAGUUUGCUAGUCAUGAAAUCAACUUAUACAUCGUUUGAUGUAUCUUCAGUGAAUAAAUUAUUUUUGUUUUAAUUUUUUUUUGGCAGAAUAAGAAAUACAACUAUUGAUACAUUAUUACAGUGAUAUUUAAUAUUUGCUGAAAACCAAAUCUUUUUAAUUGAUUUGUGUCUAUCCGAUAUUCUGAAUUUGGCGAUUUUCUUAGAUAACUGCAUAAUUUCUCAGUUGAAGGCCUACAUCAGUCUUUUAUUGUGUUAGAUUCAUAUUUCGUUAAAUAAAUUUGUUCAUCAUCCCAGUGCAAGAGAAUUUUCAUAGAUUUCUACUUAUUUAAGUAAAUUUAAAUUCUCUUGAACAAUGAUCUUAGUGGACUAGUUCAUUUAGGAAUUAAUAUUGUGAUUUAGUAAUGGACUGUUCAUUUUUUACAAGUCCACUUUGAAAGAACUAUAAUUGGAGUAGAUUUAUUUUGCAGAAUUCGUGUAAAGGACCGGGCAUUUAAAUAAACUCCAUUUUUUAAAUGAAAUGAAAUUAUGUUUAAAUGCAACAUUGACUUUGUUCUGCCAAGUCGAAAUUUUGACAAAUUUUUUACUGGAGUAGUAGAAUUUGCUGCGAUGAUUAUUUCCUAAGAUACUCAGUUGAUAUGUUAAGCUAGAAUAGACUAAAUGAAAAUUUAUGUUUAGUUCUAUCAAUUGAUACUGUAUUUUUGAAUCAAUUGCAACAACUUCUUCAAUUCCUCACAUUCUCUUGAGUUAUAUACUAGUCAACUUACUCUUGAAAUAUUUUGUUUCAUUAAACAAACACUAGUUGAGAAACAUUUUCUUCAAGAGAAAGUAAGCGAUUUUUGCUCAUGAUGAAGGUUCUAAUAACACAAUUUUUUUUUGCAAAGUGAAACUGCCCAAUAUUCUGUCUUUAUUACUCAGUUUCAAACUUUAUUGAAAUAGAUUGUUACUUGAAAGAACAUUUGAGUUUUCUGGGUUUUUGUUAUAUACCUUGAAAUAGUUUGUUAUUUGAAAGAACAUCUAAGUUUUCUGGGUCCUUGUUAUAUGGUUUUUGAAAUUGAUUUGUAACUUCUGUGAUUUGUAUUAUUUAUGAGAAUUUUAGUUUUUGAAAAAGUAUAUAUUCGAAAUAGUUUGUAGAUAUUAUUUAUAUUGAAAUUUUCCAAAUAAAAAUAUGUGAAUAAUUCAA